GGCUUGGAUUUGAUUUGAAUGGCGGAGGUGGAUCUGCAGCUGAGAUCCAAUAGAGGGCGUAAGGGAAAUGAUCAUGGUCGUGAAGAGCGCUUUGUAGAGCGCAAGAACAGAAAACCCGAAGAGGAAGCUGGUGCUGUUGACGUUGUUGAUGACGACGCACACUUGGAUCGGAAGCGAAAGCAGCGACUCAACUCACAGUUUGGUAGCUUGCAGCAGUUGGUGACUGUGAUUGAUGCUCCACCCAUUUCAACGACGACCAUGGAAACUGAAUUCAACGCCAGCUCUCAUCAACUGCAUCAUCAUUGCUCUGUUUCUCUGCGUUUUUCUCCGAUUCGAUGCUUUUAUUGGCAAUCAAACAACGGCACACCGACAGUGACCCCCCUUGCUUUCUCUUUUAUCAAUCUCGCUUCUCUUUUUGGCUGGUUACCUUUUGUCGUUUGGGUUUCUUUUGAUAUGACGUCGGUUUCUUACCGUUCGAUUUGGACACCUGGCAACGGUCAGAUUUUGGCUCUGGCGGGAGUCAUUAUGAGACCCGCGGAUUAUAUAUAGCGAAAUGGUCCGUCGGUGGUUGUAACUUGUAACUUGUGCACUUGUACUAUAAACUUUCUCGA